AUGGCGUCGGAGAACAGCAGCGGAAGCGGAAGCGCUCUACUGCCACCACUUCAAGUUCCGCCGACACAAAUGUCUGAAGAUUAUUCGAGAUACGCUUUGGAUCCGACGGUCCCGAUUCCGGAUUAUUGGUCAACAGGUCUCUACCCAACGUACCCGGUAAACGAAUUGUCCUACCAGUAUCCACAGGCCACACAGGCUUCAACGUCCGAUCCUGCCAAUCCGCCGUCGGUUCCUGCAGUCGAUCCGAUCACUCCGCCCGAUUCCACCGAACUCAAACCUGUGGCGACAAGCGCCGCCGAAAUUCCGCCGCAAUCCGCCUAUGAUGCAUGGAACACGUCAUACGGUUAUAUGCAAGACGUCAAACCGCCGAUUCCGUCCUCGAGCACGGCGUAUACGCCUCAAGCGAUGAUGACGCCCGCCUAUCCGUCGUAUUCGGCCUAUCCGCCAAUGACGAGCCCGUUCUAUCCGGGACCGUCUGGGCCGUCUUCGACAAUGUAUCCCGGAAUGAGUCCGGCGUUUCCUGGCGGUUACGCCCCGCCGACUGGAAUGGUGAUGGCGGAUCAUUCAAGAUCGCGAAGUGAAAAACCUGGCUCGUCGAAUCGAAACAGCUCCCGAAAGCGACCUGGAGCUUCGUCAUCCGCUGGAAGCUCGGCGGCUCCUCCAGCUCGUCAUUCGUCGAGCUCACGAAUGUCGGACAACGGAUCGGUUUCCGACGAAAGGGAUACGGAUCGAAGAUCGCAGAAUAACGCGCGUGAGAGAGUUCGCGUUCGCGACAUCAAUGACGCCUUCAAGCAGCUCGGCGAGAUGGUCGGUCAGCACAAUCCGAGCAAAGCCGAUAAGUCGCGCACGAAACUUGGAAUUCUUCAUGAAGCCGUCACGAUCAUCAUGCAGCUCGAGGAGCAGGUUCGACAGCGAAACAUGGAGCCGAAAGCGAUGGUGGCGCUUAAAUAA